AUGUCUCUCAUGCCGAUCGAACACCGCCUGGAGGAGCGCUUUCGCCGCUACUCCGCCAUCACCACCCAGAGCGACCCCCGCAGCCUCGGCAAAUGCAUCCCAUCCACCCCCGGGCAGCAGGUGCUGGCGGAGCUGCUCGCCAAGGAGCUUCAGGCGAUGGGGCUGCAGAACGUCGUCUGCGACAAGUAUGCGACGGUGACGGGGGUGAAGCCGGGCAAUGUGCCUGGUGCCCCGCGCAUCGGGUUUAUCUGCCACCUCGACACCUUCGACUGCGGUCUCUGCCCGCACGUAAAGGCUCAGAAGAUUCUCUACACGGGCGGUGAUGUCUGUCUCAACAAGGAGAAGAAUAUUUGGAUGCGGCUGCAGGAGCACGCAGAGCUGAACAAGUACGUUGGACAAGACAUUCUUUUUAGCGACGGCACCAGCGUGCUUGGCGCGGAUGACAAGGCCGCCAUUGCGUCGGUGAUGGAGAUGGUGGCCAGCCUCGACUCCAGCAAGGAGAGGCACGGCGACGUUGUUAUUUGCUGUGUGCCGGAUGAGGAGAUCGGCUUGGUGGGCGCGAAGCACCUCGACGUAAAGGCGCGCUUCAACGUUGACUUUGCCUACACGCUCGACUGCUGCGAGCUGGGAGAGAUGGUGUACGAGUGUUUCAACGCCGCGAGUGCCACAAUUACGUUCACAGGUGUCUCGGCGCACCCCAUGUCGGCCAAGGGCGUGAUGGUCAACCCGCUGCUGAUGGCCGUGGACUUCAUUUCCCAGUUCAACCGCGAGGAGACCCCCGAGUGCACAGAACUGCGCGAGGGGUACUGGUGGUUCGCGAAGAUGGAUGCCAACUCCACCCAGGCGCGGCUCGAGGCAAUGGUGCGCGAGCACGACCUCGCCGAGUACACGGCUCGCAAAACCUACAUGCUCGAUGUAGCCAAGAAGGUGCAGGCCAAGUACCCGACGGGCAAGGUAGAGAUCGAGAUAGAGGACGUGUACGCGAACAUCGCGAACUCGAUCAAGGGUGAUUUCACCGCUAUUGAUCUGCUACUGGAGGCGAUGAAGAAGGCGAGCGUGAAGCCGAACAUUAUCCCGAUGCGUGGGGGUACGGACGGCGCAGCGCUCUCCGUGAAGGGCCUCUUUACCCCCAACUUCUUCACUGGUGCGCACAACUUCCACUCCUGCUUCGAGUUUCUUCCUAUCCCGUCCUUCGUGAAAGCGUAUGAGGUGUGCCGCAACAUCGUCCUGCUUGGCGCUGACAAGCGCAAGAAGACACCGUCCGUGCUGUAG